CGCUGCAACACAGUCAAAGAGCACCUCAAGAUGUGCAGGGCGGUGAUCUUCAUGGCGCUGGUGGGGCUGGCCGUGGGCUAUCCGGCUCUGAACGACGCCUUCAACGCUCUGAUCGGGAGUUCAGGGUCCGCUUGCUCUCUCCCUGUGGUUCGCGGCCCUUGCAGGGCGUACUUCCAGAGGUACGCCUUCAACCCCAGCACCGGCACCUGCCAGCUCUUCAUCUUUGGCGGCUGCGACGGCAACGCCAACAACUUCCUGAAGCGACACCAGUGUCAGCAGGCCUGUGGCGGCUACUGAAGAGCGCGCGGCGGAGGAGACGGAACCGGGUUGUCUCUGGCGCGGAAAGCAGACGACAUGGCGGACAUGGGCGCCCACGUUGCAUGGCAGCGCGGGUGAUGUCAAAAGCGAGGGUGUCUCUGCUGGCUAUGUACACAGCACGUAAGAUGAGGGGUGUGUAUGUGGUGUGUAAGGUAAUAUACGCCUCUUAUGUGC